AUGGACUCCAGGAGACCGCCCUACCAAGGCCAUCCUCCCCAAGCACCACCACCACCACCCCCUCCUCCUCCACCACACCACGAUCCACGCCAGCAGCAGCAGCAGCACCAACCCGCGAACCACCACUACGCGCCGCAGCCUCCUCCUCCCCCACCGCCCUCCUACCAUCCUCAGCACCAUAGCGGUCCGCCGCCGCCACACACUCAAGCUCAAGGCCCUCCACAUCAACAGCAGCAGCACCAUCCUGCGCCAUACCAGCCAGGACCGCCUGCGCCAGAGCGGCUGCCACCGAUACAGGCCGCCUACGCGCAGCAACCGACCUCCGCCUCGUCUACAGACCAGCCCACGCUGCCCUCCUUCCGACAGCCCUCAGCGCCGCCACAGCACGAUCCGCGUGACGGCGCCCCACCAGAACAUUAUCAUCCCUACAACCACAACCGCUCCGGCCAUGCCACUCCGGCGCCGGUGAACAGAUCAUACUCGCACGACUCUGGGCACCAGCGCUCGCCCGCAACACCGGCAGGCCCUGGGCCGGGCUCGUUUCCUCCCAGUCAAGCACAGGACGGCGCACAGCAGCCGCCUGGACAACCACCUCACCAUAUGGAGCAUGGUCAUCAUGGGUAUCCGCCCACGAACGGCCACCUACCGCAUGGCCUACCGCCACCAGGUCCACAGCACCACCCCGAGUCGCAUCCCCAGCAGCAGAUGACGCCCAUGAUGGACAACCACUACCAGGCUUACGGUCCACCGCCGCCCAACCAGCAGCCUAUGGGGUACGCUCAAUACAACUCUGGUCCUGUCAGCACCAUGUAUGGACAGAAACGGAAGCAGAUGCGGGCUACUCAGGCAUGCGAACAAUGCAGACAGCGCAAGCAAAAGUGCGACGAAGGCUCGCCAUGUUCGUUCUGCAAAGAGAACAAUCUUUCCUGUCAAUAUCGUGACACCCCUCCUGCGAAGACUGAUAAGAACAUGGAGAAGCUGCUCAGCUACAUGGAAGCUCACUCUGCUGGACUGCAGGAACUGACGAACAAAAUCGACAGUUUCGAGGUGCGGUUACGCCACGUUGAGCAGAACGCACAACGCGAUGGCCACACUCAACGCGAUAAUCACACUCAACGCGAUAGUCACACUCUACGCGAUAGUCAUACCGUGGCGGGUGCAGGAAUCGACGAAGGUCGAGUGCAGGACGAGCCACUUCCAGUCAAACGCAAGCCAGAAUUGGACGAUCACAGGACUGCACCGCAUAAGUUGCUACUGCUGUGGCCAAGCGUUCGUCCGCUCUUGGCAGCGGCUCAUGUUGAGCAUAACGAUGGAUAUGUCAUGGAAGCCGAAGACAGAGGGGUCUUGCGCCUGUGGACGCGGGGCGAAGGCAUCGAUGAAAAUGAUGGCACCCAGCCGGGUGGCCCAGCCAGUCCUGCGAGAAGUGAGGACAGUGGCGAAGGUGCUAACGCUCCUACACCGCACGCUGAGGGUCUAUGGGGAUCUGGGUUUCCAUCGACACCGGGCAGCGACGUUCGAAGAUCAGAUCCGUAUGGUGCUGGUGGUUUGAAGCCCAAUGGUGAAAUCGACCUCGACGCGAACGUGGUCAACAGGCUCUACGACAGCUAUAUGAAAAGCCUUCACAUCAUGCAUCCAUUCCUGGACAAAAGGAGACUGCGGAGAAUGUUCGACGUCUUCAUCAAACGUUACAGUACCGGCCGACCACGUGCUACCUUUGCCGUGGGUAUGCAGCAUGACUCUGACCACAGACCGAUGAAAAGACAGCGUUCGAAUGGGUCGACCGCCAAUCCAGGCACCGGUUCUGAUCACGACAUGCGCAGAGAGCAGACAGAACGAUCGCCUGGGAACGCGAUCAUCUACCUUGUUCUUGCGCUUGGUAAGAUUUGCGAAUGGCGCGAUCCUUUGCCAUCGAUCGUGCCUGACAGCAAGUUGCAAGCCAACACGGUCGUCUCGCAUCAGAUCUCCGGCAUGCGUGGCUUUGCAGCAAGUUCUCCGAUUUCUGCUAAUAUUAAGCCUUCGCCGAUGUCACCAAAGUCGACACCAACGACUCAGCCUACGCCCCCAUCCGAAGCGAAUUUGCGACUUAACGACUCCAGAAGUCGACGAUCUUCUGUUGAAGGAUCGCCAAUGGCCCCGGCUGGACCACGCAAUUUAGACGUGAUACCAGGCGUUGCGUACUAUGCUAAAGCUGCGGAGAUCCUCGGCGACCAGGGUGACGGCAAUGACCUUGUACAUGCGCAGAUGUUCUUGCUCGCUGGACUGUACAAGGGUCAACUGGCUCGCGUGAAGGAAAGUAUGAGCUGGUUCUCCAUGGCAGGUCGUGCCAUCAUGAUCUUACUCGAUCGGUACAAGCUGUACAACGACAAUUACUGGGAGGCUUAUGGUGACGUACGACGCCAGCAUGAGCGGGCACAGAACAAGAUCAAGGACACUCGACAGAGCUUGAUCGUGCUAGCUUCCUGGUCCUGCCUGCAAUUGGAGAGUGACAUCCUCGCUGAAUUGAGAUUGCCAUCAAGUAACAUACAGACUAUCGAGAACCUGCUUCUUAUGCCGCAUAAGGUCGAUGAGGUCGACGACUCAUACAGCGGACUCGACACGGACGCGAAGCCUGAGGAUUACGACACCAUACUCUUGUUCUACACUUCACAACUUUUCUUGCGGCGAAAGCUGAACCAAGUUCAUCAGGAGAUGUAUGGACCAGGAUGCCUUGGGAUGCCGAUUUCUGCAGUACAGACCAUGCUACAGGAGCACGAGAGUCUUCUCAGUAAAUGGCGGGAUGGUCUUCCAGACAAGCUUCAAUGGGACGACUCUGAUGCUCCUCCGUCUGACAUCCUGGCGGCACGUCUGCGUGCAAAGUAUUGGGGUGCAAGGUACAUCAUUAAUCGUCCCUUCCUGGACUAUGCUCUCCACAUCAUGGCACUCGUUCGAGAUGGUACGCCGGUGGAAAAGGCUGCACGCGAUGGUCACGGAAACCCACGAGACAAAGCCGAAAUUCACCUCUUCAAAGCUAUACAAAAGCUUGGAGACGAGCAAGUCUGGACGGCAGCGAAACGCUGCAUUCAUGCUGCGAUGCAAAGUACCGUGGCAUUUGACGGUGUGGAUGGUCGGCUCGUUGUGACUAACAUUCACGGCACCGCUCACGCGCAAUUCGGCAACAUGUUGGUGCUCUCAGCAGCAUAUGAAAGCCCCUUGCUAGGUACAUGGGUUCCACAAGAGCGGUUCCAGCAGCUCAUGCAGCGCACAAUCACCUUCCUGCGACGGCUCGCGCCCAUCUCCCCCACUUCGGCAGCAGAUUGUGGGAUAUUGGAGAAGUUCAACAAGAUACUGUUUCCCACCGCUAGCGAAGAGCCCCAUGUCUACAAGAAUGAAGGGGUCGAGGCAAUGAGUGCCACAGCUUCGUUCGGUACAGGCACCUGA